CUGUUUGCGAGAAUCCAAACCAAUCAACAAUUAUUAUUAUCACUCUUAAAAGUUUCAAGCUUUCAAGUUUCAAGGAUCAAUGGCUGAUAUAGCGAUGUUGGUGGCUGAAGAGUAUGAGAGGAGAAUCAAGAACGCAAAGAAGGCUCCUGCUGUUGGUGGUGGUUCUGGUGGGUCUGGCUCUGACGAACGGCGUCGUUUGGAGGUGGUUCAUUCGGUGGCUCAGGGGCUGAAGCACAUGUUUGAUGAAGAGAAGAGACAAUUUCUGAGUUAUAAUUGGGUUUCUGAACCCAGAACCCAGAUUGGUGUUGCUGCUUCUCAUAGCUUCUUCUCUGCUUGAAUUCAUCCCUUUCGUCAAAAUCUGGUGUUUGGAUUUCAGUUCUGUCAUGCUCUGCAUUUUCUGAUCCUUCCCCAGAAUUCUUGCAUAUACUUAUAGUUCCAAUCAAAGUCAAAUUUUACAUUUCCAAGUAUGAUUACAUGAGAAUCAUUCAAUCUGUGUCUUUCUCUC